AUGGAGGCUCGCACCUUCCGAUACCAAGAAGUCGGUCGGACGAUCUUACUCCCCCCCACUGGGUCGACCCUGAGCCCCGCUGUGGCCCGCAGGUCGAGCCUAAUUCGAGUUGAUGGAAGUAAAGGCAGAGUCGAGUUCCUCCUGCCUUCCACAAACAGUCACAAGUCGGUCAAUGUGGUGCGUGCUCGGAUCAGAUAUGGUCCUUCGCCGACUUGA